GCGAAAAUUGUUGGUCAGACUAUACAAGCAUGGAAUGACCAAACUUAGUGCCCGAAGAAUUGCCAACAAUCUCAAGUAAGUUUUGUUUAUUGCAAAAGGGGCCCUCGCUUACUCCAAGCUUUGCGGCUCAAUGCUUGGCAGGAGAUCAAAGGUCUUUGUACAAUCUCUUAUCCAUUUAAAUAUUGGAUACGGACCCAUUUCCAAUCCGUGCAUCCUAGCCCGCUGAGCGAGCUGGUGGUUGUCCCUAAUCUACUACGUACAGGGGCCUGGCAUCGCGUCGCGCAGCGCACGUGUUUGCUGUGGUACAGUGGCUUGCCUGCUGCCUUUACGUGACUUUUACUGUAGCGUAUUAAAAGAGAAGCUUCGAAAAUUAAUAUCAAUCAACCCGACGACAACUCUUUUACGACGACGACGACAUACACACAGAGAAAACUUCCAAGUCUCUGUCUUGUAACUCGUCUGAGUCAAUUCAUCUAUUUAAAAAAAAAGACAUUGGGAGCGGCAAUUUGACUUGCUCACGACCAGAAUGUUUUCAAGAUGACUUUGACGUUUGGGAAGCUUUUAAGUCUAUUCCCAGCUGUCGCCAGGACCAACGGACAGAGUCUAUUACACUGUCACCAUGCAGUUUCUCGGCCACUGGUCCUCGACCGAGCACCGGUAAGCUUUUUUGGCCAUCUAGCUCUGCGCCGAGCUUAUUCGGACUACAAGCGACUAGACUUGCCGGCACUGGACCUCAAAUGGAGAGAAAGAUGGGCCACCGAGAAAAAAGCAGCCGGUACUGUAGAUUCGCGUUCGGGUCAGGAAUCGGGUCCUACGCAACCUGAACCGGAUACUUAUGUCUUGCCCAUGUUUCCAUACCCGUCUGGCUAUCUCCAUUUAGGCCACCUCAGAGUUUAUACCAUAGCAGAUGUUAUAGCUCGCUUUCGUACCCUUCAGGGGAACAAAGUUAUGUUGCCCAUGGGCUGGGACGCCUUUGGCCUUCCCGCUGAAAACGCUGCCAUCGAGAGAGGUAUUGAUCCUGCUGUAUGGACCAAGUCCAAUAUAGCUAGGAUGAAGGAGCAACUGGACGUCAUGAACUCGUCUUGGGACUGGUCUCGGGAAAUAUCAACUUGUGACCCUGAGUUCUACAAACACACUCAGAAAAUAUUCCUUCUCAUGCAUGAGAAAGGACUCGCCUACCAAGCUGAGGCGGAGGUCAACUAUGAUCCAGUUGACAAGACAGUACUCGCCAACGAACAGGUAGACGCCAAUGGAUGCUCCUGGCGUUCCGGCGCCAAGGUUGAAAAGCGUCGCUUGAGGCAGUGGUUCCUUAAAAUUUCCGAGUUCCGUGAGCCCCUGCUGCAAGACCUCGACGUCCUCGCCAAAGACGAUGCUUGGCCCGAAAGAGUUUUAACGCAACAGAGACAUUGGCUGGGAAAGUCCACCGGCGCCCUUGUCAAGUUUCCCAUAUUGGCGGGUGGCAAUGACGUCCACCGUGCCAUUGAGGUUUUCACUACAAGGCCUGAUACCCUGUUUGGGGUGCAAUACCUUGCUCUGGCCUCCACUCACCCUGUUGUGCUUGACUUGGCGAAACAAGAUCCCGAACUUCAAGCCUUUCUCGAUACCCUCCCUGGACUACCUCCGGAUUCGAAAGUUGGGUACCUACUGCCAAACCUCCGAGCUAUAAAUCCGCUUGCCUACCAUGAGGACACGCCGGAUGCCACGAAAACCUCCGUACCCGUCUACGUUGCCCCUUAUGUGCUGGGAGACUAUGGCGAAGGAGCUGUGAUGGGUGUUCCAGGGCACGAUGCACGGGACCAUGCUUUCUGGCAGGCACACCGCUCGGAAGAGCCCGUCCGUGUCGUUCUCGCAGCAUCGGAAGAUGAAUCCACUACGGCGUUCCUCAACGAGCCGUUCCUUGACCAUGGUGUAAUGACGGCGGCAGGUGGGCCUUUCCGUGGUAAGCCGUCCCAUGAAGCCGGCGGCAUGAUGGUGCGUAUGCUCGAACAGGCCGGCCUUGCCAAACCGGUCGAGAAGUGGCGCCUUCGUGACUGGCUUAUCAGUCGUCAGCGGUAUUGGGGAGCGCCUAUACCCAUAAUUCAUUGCAAGUCUUGCGGAGACGUCCCCGUGCCGGAUGAUCAACUUCCUGUGGAACUGCCUCAAGUCGACGGCCAUUGGACCGAGCGGAAAGCUGGGAAUCCGCUCGAGACAGCUGAGGAAUGGGUCGAGACCACAUGUCCAAAAUGCAGUGGGCCAGCGAGGCGUGAUACAGACACCAUGGACACCUUUGUGGAUUCAAGUUGGUACUACAUGCGCUUCAUCGAUCCUCACAACAAUGCCGAGCCGUUUGGUCUUGACAAGACAAAGGCUCAUUUACCUGUGGAUCUGUAUAUUGGAGGCGUGGAGCACGCUAUUUUGCAUCUUCUCUACGCUCGUUUCAUUUACAAGUUCCUCAUGUCAUCUACACUUGCGCCAAGUUCGGACACGGCCAAGGAAGAGAACACCAUCCACGAGCCAUUCAAGAGACUUAUUACUCAGGGCAUGGUUCACGGCAAAACAUUCAGCGAUCCUGUCACCGGCCGCUUCUUGAAGCCAGACGAGUAUGACCUUACGAACCCUGGGAAGCCGCUUGUCAAAGCCACCGGCGAGCAAGCGUUGGUGACGUACGAGAAAAUGUCAAAGUCCAAGCACAAUGGUGUUGACCCGACAGAUUUCAUCGCACAGUACGGCGCUGAUGCAACACGCGCCCACAUGCUGUUCCAGGCGCCAGUCUCUGACGUCCUUAACUGGGACGAGAACAAGAUUUCCGGCGUGACCAGGUGGCUCGGCAAGCUCUACGAGGCCAUCCAACGACUGGAGGGUCGCGCGGCCAGUGCCGACGUUUCACCAAGGACGUUCUUGGAACGGUCAAGAGAAAGCCCAAGCUGGGAUGCCGAUGUGACUAUCUGGCGCCAUGUACAGCAGACAAUUCCAUCGGUUACGGCCUCGUAUGAACGGGUUUACUCGCUGAACACGGUCGUUUCGGACCUCAUGGGUCUCACCAACACCAUCCUCGCAAACCGCGAUGUUGCCAGCGAAACUAUUCAGGCUACGGCAGCGUCUGUGUUGCUGCGCAUGCUCGCGCCCAUCACGCCUGCAUUUGCGGAUGAGUGCUGGAGCAUCUUGCACGCAUCAUCGGCGGGCUCCAUCUUUGCCGGCCCAUCCUUCCCCGAGACCGAUGGAUCCCUGGAUGUGCUCAAGCCAAGCACGCAGAAGUGCGCUGUUCAGAUUAACGGAAAGCUUGCUGUCGUGGCGGAGAUUCCGCAGCCGCCAGCAGAUAUCAAGGACAAGAAGGCGGUCGAGGAAUGGAUCGUCAAGCAGAUCCUCGAGAGCGAGAGCGUCGAAGUCAAAGAGAAGCUGGCUCGCAGGCAGGGGUUGGCUAAUGCCAAAGCCAUUGUGAUCCGGGGCGGGAAACUUGUAAACUUUGUCCUACCAAAAUAACCUAGAGAAACCUGUAAGAUACAUGUAUGAUACAAAUUUUGUAAAAAAACAUAAUCUUGCAUCCCUAUGGCGCUGAAUACCAUAAAUCGCAGCAAAUAGUCGUUGGCGAGCCUAGAUCCACAGACAAGUCACAGAACCUCCAUCUGGUGACAUAGAAUAAUGAAUUUCAUAACUUCUCAA